AUGCUCCGUCACCUGACCGGGCCUAACCCUAUACCGCUAGGACCAACAAUAAGCUGGCCACUCUCACCUAAGUUGACCGGCCGCAUCAUAUCCUAUCUUGCCAAUCCUAUAAACAAUCGAGACAACUACUCUUGGCGAUGGUUGUAUAUCUGGAACAUCGAGCUGAUCGCGGAAUUGGAGCUAUAUGACGAAGCUGCUCGCGUUUACUUCGAGACGGAAGCCGAGCAGGACUGUAAUAAUCGAAUCUUCUCUAAACUAUACACCCGUAACACCCUUGCAGUUUUCUCCGAGUAUAUAAGGAUGUCUUUCAAGGACUAUAGCGAUGCCUGGCUGCAAGAAAUAGAAGGUGCCCAGUUGGAUCAGUAG